CUUUAAGAAACAUCAAAUUCAAAAACCCAAAAUAAACACUUAAAAAUAUUCAUUGCGACAUCAACAAAAGGCCCAAAAACAUUGAAGAAGCUUUUUUUGGUAAAGGACAUCAGACAGAUAAACAAAAUCUUAAAGCAGUUCAGGUUUUAAUUUCAAGCAACAAAACAAAAAGGAAGAAGAAUAGAACCAACAAAGCGGGGAAAAGAGAGACAAUACGACAACAAAGCAACUACAAAUAAAAAUUCUCUCUCACGCAUAUAUACAGAAACAUAUAGCAAUAUAAUAUAUUCUCCAAAGGCAAAGAGUUUCAAAGAGAAGAAUAUUGAGUGGAAAAAGCAAAAAAGUAGAGGGGAGAACGUUCCCUUCUUAUGAUGUCAUCAGCCGAGGAGGAUAAUUCAGAUUGUUUCAGUAGUUUGUUUGGAGACGACGACAAGUUAGGAUUACUAAAGCAACAUAAAGAACAAUUGAAACGAAAUCGACAACGCGUAGACGCUGGCGAACCGAGAAACUCUUAUUCGUCUAUACCAAAUUUUAGUUCGCGUUCGUCACUAAUGAGUGGCAGUUUGUACGGGGCUAUUUUUAGCCAACAAUCACAAAAUUUCGGUGGUUUAUUUCCAACGAAUUAUGCACCAGCAAAGAUGCUUAAUGAAUUGCUUGGACGACAAGUUAAGCAGGCACAAGAUGCUGCGACAAAUCCAAAUGAUGUGCUAAAUCAAAUUGAAUCAGCAUCAAAUAAUAAUAAUAGUGUUAAAAUGGAUUUUGAUAGUGUACAAUCACAUAAUUCGGACGGUGCACAAUCGCCAACACAACAAUCGGCAAACGAUCUCGCCCAUCACAUGUUGAGAAAUAUUUUACAAGGAAAGAAAGAUUUAUUGGCACUCGAUCAAGAGUUACGACAAGUAGCAGCAGGCGUUGGAAGUGAUCGUCAUUCGCCCGAUUCAAAUCAAAAUACAAUAAUGAAUAGUAAGACAAGCAACAUAUUGAACAAUAAUAAUAAUUUGAUGAAUAAUAAUAAUAAUAAUAAUAAUAAUAAUAAUAAUUAUGAUGUGACCAAAAGUGAUAAUGUUAAUGGAUCAAUAGACAGUGAUCAAAAUAGUGAUGUGACAAUUAACAAUUCUUCAAAUAAUAAUGUGAAUAAUAAUAAUAAUGUGAAUAAUAAAUUAUCGACCAGUGAAAAGGAUUUAAAGAAAAUUAAUUUAAAUUCAGGAAGUGAUAAUGACAUGAAUGGCACUUCCAAUGAUGGUAAAAAAGACGAAGUGAAUGAAAUUAUUGACGAUGAUAUGAUUGUGAAUUCAUUAGCUGAUGGUAGUAGCUCACUGCCAUCGCCAAGUUCUGUGAAUAAUGUUAAACUAAAGGAGGAAUUGAUGGAUGGUGAUUUAGACAAAGAUCUAUGUCGAUCACCAUCACCAUCACCAUCAGCAUCAAACAAGAGUGAACAUGGAAAUGCAUUGGAAUUAAAAAGAGCUCGCGUUGAGAAUAUUGUCUCAACAAUGCAUUCGAGUCCGGCACUUGGUUCACAAGGAUCGAUACAACAGCCAAUUGUUAAUGGCUGUAAAAAGCGAAAACUUUAUCAUCCACAACAACAUGAUAAUAGUGCUGUCGAGCGUUAUGGACUCUCAUUGGGAUUAAAUUUACAUAAUCUCAUGUUGAACGAUGACGAUGAAGAUGAGGAAAUGGAUACAAGUAUUGUACAGAAGCGACACGAGAAAAAUAUUCUAAAAUCACAAUUGCGUUCGAUGCAAGAACAACUAGCUGAAAUGCAACAAAAAUAUGUACAAUUGUGUAAUCGUAUGGAACAAACAUCAGAAUCAACAGAGGAUAUCGAUGAUGGAACUAGUGAUCUCGUCGAUGACGAUUUAAUGCGAGAUAAUUCAAUUGAGAAACGAUCACCAUCAAUGAAUAGUGUCCAACAGCAAAGAACACCGAGUGCAUCGCCAAUUAAGGAUCUAUCUGGAAAGCAGCAAGUAAGUCACGCUCAAAAUGUCUUAAAUCAAAUGAUGAGUAAAAUGAUGUCGGCUAAGUUGCACCAUCCAUCAAUGCCAUUUAAUGGAACUCAUCCGCUAUUGCAGCACAUGCAACAGCAAAAUGCAGGCAGUGAACAUGUCGGACAUGUACAACAUCCAGCAUUCAGUAAUGCUGCUGCCAUGUAUUUGAGUCAAAAAUUAUUGAUGGAACAGGAAGCUAGAAUUGCUAAGGAAGUUGAAGAACGUCAACAACUUCAGUUGCAGCAACAACAACAACAAAUGCAAAAGCAACAGCAAGAAAUGCAAAAGCAACAACAAGAACAGCAACAAAAAGCCCAACAAGAAAUGAUUGCUCGCGAACAGCAAGCACAAAAUAUGCAUUCAAUGCAUCAGCAACAAAUUGUUAAUCAUACACCAAAUAAUAUUCCACCAUUAAAAACUUCUCCACAGCAACAAUCGAAUGGAGCUGGUAAGCCAAAUGUUCCUUCCGAUCUUAGUGAUCGUCUUUCAAUGAUGCGUGUUAAUGCAUUAGCAUCGACAGCCAACUCAAUUGGACCCGUAACAGGAGCUGAUUUGGAAGGACUUGCAGAUAUUCUUAAGUCGGAAAUUAAUUCAUCAUUGUCAGCACUCGUGGACACAAUUGUAUCACGUUUCGUACAUCAACGACGUAUUAUGACAAAACAAUCGGAAGCAGCAGCACAAGCCGCAGAGCAACUGAACAAAGAUUUAAUGAUGGCAUCACAGAUUCUCGAUCGUAAGUCACCACGUACAAAGUCGAGUGGAACAGAUCGUCCAAAUGGUAACAACAAUGGCAAUGGAAGUGGCGGAAAUGUAAACUCACAAUCAGGUAAUAAUGGAAAUAAUAAUAGCACAACUAACACUAGUAGUAAUAAUACUAACCAAAACCAUCAUAUGGUAUCACAAGGUGCCAUGAAUCAGAUGCAACAUCAUUUAGCCCAAUCGAUGCUCAACCAGCAAAUGGUAUCGAAUGGUGGCAAUAGUAGUAAUAAUAAUAACAAUAAUAAUUUGAAUAAUAAUAAUAACAGUAAUAAUAAUUCACCUGCUAAUAUCCAACAAGCUCAAAUGCAACGUCAUGCAAAUGGCACCGCAUUUCCGCCACUUGGUCAGCACUUGGCUGGACCCCCGCCAAUGGUUGCCAAUGGUCCAGAUCCAAAUAGUCUCAAUAGUCUCACGCAAAUGCAAUCGCAAAUGCAAUCACAAAUGAAUCCAUUAAAUUUACCAUCUCAUGUACGUCCUUCUCCAACAGCUGGCAUGUUUCAAGGUCCACCAAAAGUAAACGGACCCCAAAUGAAUUCCGUUGCAGCAGCAGCCCUAUACAAUUCAAUAUCGGCAAUGAAUGGUGCACAACCAAAUGGAAAUCCUUUCUGUAUGCCUGAGCCACCACGUGAGGGAAUUAAUGAGCAAAAUGAAGCACUAAGUCUUGUUGUGACACCGAAGAAGAAGCGCCAUAAGGUGACUGAUACGAGAAUUACACCGCGUACUGUUUCAAGAAUUCUUGCGCAAGAUGCACUCGCUGCAGCCCAACAAAAUCACCUCGAGCAGAGACAAGAUCAACAGAAUCAGAAUUCAAAUUCAUCGCAGCAGCAGCAACAACAACAGCAAAUGAAUGGAUCGAAUGGACAGAAUAAUCAAUUAAUGCAAAAUGGUAACAAGUCAUUUGGCUCAACAACUCCAAUAAAUUUACCUUCAAGCAUACCAUCAGAAACACCAUCACCGCGUGGUAAUUAUCAUCAUUCUGCUCCACCAUCGAUGAUGCCUGUCUCAUUGCCAACAUCUGUAGCAAUUCCAAAUCCAUCACUGCAUGAAUCGCAAGUAUUUUCACCUUAUAGUCCGUUCUUUAAUCCUCAUGGUCCACAUGGUCCACAAUCGACAUCGAUUCAUCAUCACAUGCACAUGUCAUCGUCUCCACCUGGCAUGGGCUCAUUGAUGGAUCCUCGCGAUUCACCGCCAUUACCUCAUCCACCAACGAUGCUUCAUCCAGCCCUCUUGGCAGCUGCUCAUCACGGUGCUUCACCUGACUAUGGACACAUUCGUGCCGCUAUGGAUGCAAAUGAUCGUAAUUCAGAUUGCAAUAGUGCUGAUAUCUCGUACGAUGGAAUGCAACCAUCGAUAUCAUUCUCGAAUGCAUUUUUGAAAACUUUAAACAGUAAACAGAAACAAGAUCAAAAUACAGAUCAAUUUUCAAUGACGACAAUCCAUUCGGCGACAUUAACACCAAUGCACUUGCGAAAAGCUAAAUUAAUGUUCUUCUGGGUUCGUUAUCCAAGUUCAGCAGUGCUGAAGAUGUACUUUCCAGAUAUCAAAUUUAACAAGAAUAAUACAGCUCAGUUGGUCAAAUGGUUCUCCAACUUCAGGGAAUUUUACUACAUUCAAAUGGAGAAAUAUGCACGUCAGAAUGUUACAGAAGGUGUCAAAUGUGUCGAAGAUAUUCAUAUAAGUGGCGAUAGUGAAAUCUAUCGUGUACUUAAUCUUCAUUACAACCGUAAUAAUCACAUUGAGGUACCGACAAAUUUCCGUUUUGUGGUUGAGCAAACGCUCCGUGAAUUUUUCCGCGCAAUUCAAGGUGGAAAGGAUACGGAGCAGUCAUGGAAGAAGUCAAUUUACAAAGUUAUAUCGCGCAUGGAUGAUCCUGUACCAGAAUAUUUCAAAUCACCCAACUUUCUAGAGCAAUUGGAGUAAAUGAAUUGAAGCAUUUUUGUCAUAAAACAAGUUUUUUGUGGUUGUAUGUAAAUCAACUUAAAAAUAUAUAUAUAUUUUAUGUAGAUAAUAUGUAUGUGGAUUUGGGUGAUUCAUCGAUGGAUAAAAUGACAAAAGAAACCCAUCCAAAAAAAAAGAAAUAAAGCUGAACAACAACAACAUCAAAUUACUACACGUUUAUUUGUGUAAUAAAGAAAAAGAAGCAAAACCAUAACUGUUAUUUAAAUAUCGUAAGCUACCAAAGAUAAGAAAUGAAGAAAAAAACAUACAGAAUAGACACUUUGUGGUUCCUGAUAUAUAAACUUAUUAACUAAUCAACAAAAGAAGUUUUAAGAAGAAAAAAAAAUUGAGAAUUUUUAAGAGUUUUUUAAAAAAAAUUGAGAACUUUUUUUGGUUUAAAAAUUAUUCAUUUUCUCUUUCGACACAAAAACUCACGUUUUGGCAUUUAUUUCAAUAAUUUUUUAAAAAGAAAUUAUUUUAUUGAUUUUUCUUCACCGAAAUUUGUGAAUUAAAAUCAAAAUAUAUAAUUUAAAGAAAUUUUUUAAAAAGAAAUUUAAGUUGCAACAGAAAAAUACUGAAGAGCCUCAGCUCAGACGAUAUUUACUGUUGUAUGAAAUAAACAAAAAAAAAAAUCUUCGGUCAAAGAUGAAGAUGAUCAUAAUACUAAUAAAUGAUAAUCCCCAACCGCAACAUAAGAAAAAAGAAAAUAAUAAGAAAAGUAAGAACAAAAAAAGAAGAAACGUCUUAAGAGAAUAAAUGAACAUCCAAAGGAUUAAAAGGAAAGAAAAGAAAGCCAACAAAAGAAGAAGAUCAAAGUAAACUGCAAUAAAUAUAUCUCUCUAUCUCAAUUUUUUUUUGGCCAGAUAAUAGAAAAAGAAAAUAAAUCUUUAGUUGAUAAGAAGCACCAAGAAGUUUGAGAAUUUUUUUUAAAAAAAAACCAAAAAAGUAACAAAUUUCUCAAAUAUAAGCGAGUUGCUUCAAAGAAUGACAGCAAAGCUGUCGCUUUUUCGACCAACUCAUCAUGUGAUUUGUGUAAUUUUCUAAUUGGUUAAGAUGACAAAAAAAUAAUAAUAAAAAUAUUAGGAUAGAAAACAUUCCAAAAAAAAAAUAAAUAAUUUAUUGCUAAAAUUUGUAAUAAUUGAUUCAUAAAUGAAAAAAAAAAUGUGGAAAUAAUAAUGUUUAUGAUUUAUCGUGGGAAGAAAUAAUCGACUUUUCAAAUUAGUUUUAAUAAAAAAAUAUAUAGCGGGGAUUUAAUUUUUAAUUAUAAUUUAAAUAUUCAUUUCAAGAAGUUUUACCAAAAAUUGUAAUUUUUAAUUUUAAAAAUCAGUGAGCUAGUGACUUGUUACUUCAUGGUCACUUUAUGGCUAAUUAUAGCUUUAAAUUGAAGGAAUAGUAAACUAAUCUCACUGAAAAUCAUUUAAUUUUAUGUAAAUAAUAUUUUAAAAUUAUUUUUAUGUUAAUAUUUUUCGCAAAAUUGAAUGAAAAAAUGACACAUUGCAUUGAAUCUAGUUUUUUGGGACACUUUAAUGACAACCAACGAAGAAUCCUGAACAAAAAAAUGUUGGCCGUUUUUAAAGUGUCGCCACAUCUACACACAUUAGAUAAUUAGGAGAAAAUAUUAUUAUUAAAUUUAUUAUUAUUAUUUAUGAUU